GCUUAGUGUUAGAGGGCUUCCCUGUGAUCUUUACCGCCAACACUGUUCUAACAAGUGCGCGAGGACAGCAGGGAAGCCCCAAUCCUGAACUGGGUGGGGUGGAAGUGGAUGGUGAAUGGUGAGCACAUGCUGGAAUUGUUCGCAAGCUUGUUGAGAAAGCGAAAGAUGGAGAAUCAAGUCUUGGCUUGUGCGAAUUUGGAGACACCAUGAUCUUGGAGGAAACUACUAAAGUAUAUAAAAAAGAAAAAGAAAUGAAAAAAGGCAUUGCAUUUCCAACGUGUGUUUCCAUUAAUAACGGUGUAUGUCAUUUCUCACCACUUAAAAGUGAUCCAGAUGUGCUAUUAAAAGAUGGUGAUGUGGUCAAAAUUGAUCUUGGUGCCCAUAUUGAUGGUUUUAUAGCGGUCGUGGCCCAUACCUUUGUAGUAGGAGCGUCAAAAGAUAAUAAAGUUAGCGGACGUAAAGCGGAUGUUAUUGUGGCUGCCCAUCAAGCAGCAGAAGCUGCGCUUAGGUUGGUUAAACCAGGCAAUGAGAACUCUUUAGUUACUGAUACUAUUCAAAAAGUUGCUGAAGCUUACAACUGCCAGCCGGUCGAAGGAAUGUUGUCACAUCAACUGAAAAGAAAUGUUAUAGACGGUGAAAAAUCUAUUAUUCAACAUCCUAAUGAAGCGCAAAGAAAAGAGCAUGACAAAUGUGAUUUUGAUGUUCAUGAGGUGUAUGCCAUUGACAUGCUUGUUAGCACUGGUGAAGGUAAAGCAAGGGAAAAAGACGCUCGUACUACAGUUUUCAAACGAAAAGACGCGAUAUACCAGUUGAAGAUGAAAGCAUCUAGAAUGUUCUUUAGUGAAAUGGAACGUAGAUUUAAUCUUAUGCCUUUCACUCUCAGGGCUUUUGAAGAUGAGAAGAAAGCACGCAUGGGAGUGGUGGAAUGUGUAAAGCAUGGUUUAGUUGAUCCAUUUCCUGUAUUAUAUGAAAAAGAUGGUGAAUUUGUAGCUCAGUUCAAGUUCACUGUUCUCUUGAUGCCUAAUGGCCCACAAAAGAUUACCGAUGGUCCAUUUGAUCCAGAAAUAUAUGACACAGAGUAUAAAAUAGAAGAUAGCCAACUUAAGACUCUUCUUACUGCUUCAGCGAAUCCAAAAACAGCAAAGAAAAAGAAAAAGAAGGCUGCUACUAAGGCAAAAGAGGCAGCUUCAGAUGCAGCUACAGAACCAGCAGGAGGUGCAGAAGGUGGACGCAAAUAAGACUGGAUUAAUGUUCUAUCCUGGCUAGAAGAGAAAUUGUAAUGACCAUUUGUAGCUCUUAUGUUUGUUUUUUUUCGGUAAAAUUUUAUUUGGGCAGGGAGGGGUUUAUUCACACAUGCAUUGCAAUUAUUUUCAUAGACCACAAUUCACAAUGCAGUGGUUGUUUUGUUACCCAGGAUGCAUUACCUUAUUCUUCAUCACCAUGUUAUGUUCUGUCAUGGUCAAAUGCUGCCACUAGAGGGAGCUGGUUUAGAUACUGAUUGGAGGGCCAUGAUUAUUAUACAUCAAACUGUAUUUGACAUCACAAGAAAAUAAAUUGUACGUGACUCGCAGGCUGUUGCCCUUUCUGAUAAAUCAAAGUUUGUGUCAUUUUCACAUCAAAUAUUAAUCUUCUGAAUGACAUCACUCAAAUGUUCCUCUGAAAUCACCAAAAUUUAUAAUAUUUUAUUUUUCUUCUGUGUGUACAAAUAAAAACCAUAAAUUCGAUCGUUAUGGUUUAUGUGUGGGUUUGUACAUCAGUGAUGUCUCUCAGAGUUUUCUUCAUUUGUUGAAAUUUUUAAUAUUUAGAAAAACUAAAAAUGCACAAAUUGAAUUAUCCUGUCACUGAAUUAUGCUUGAAUACCAAAAUAAAUUUAAUACUUGAAUGUAAUAUUUUUCAUAAAUUUUAUUACUCUAUAAAAUUAAUAAUACACUUAUUAUCCGGGUCGCAAGACCAAUCACAAAUCAGCGUAUAGCUAAUCUAGUAAUGUUGUUAUUUUAUUUUUAAUUCUGAGUUCUGAAUCAACUGUCAAAAACUAAAAAUUUUCGGAAAUUUUGAGCAGGAGAAUGAACACAUAAAUAUGCUAAGUGUUUCACCAAAAUUUAUAAUGCUCAAAGAAUUAGAUAGCAGUAUGCGUCUCUUGAUAGAAAUUAUCACUUUUUAUGUUAAAAGUUUCCACUGAGUUUCAAGGACAUGUCUAUUUUAUAUAGAACAUAAUUAAUGUGAUUGGAAUGUUGAUGCACAAAGCAUCUUUUCUUUGUUGGGUGAAAAUAGUCCAUUUAAGCUAGCAAUUAAAGCAAUCACACCUGUUUCAAUUCGUACAUUUUAAUUAUUCCCAGCUCAAGACAGAAUCAUGAAUAAUUUUGGUAAUAUUGCAAUUUGUUGUGUCUGUACGAAAACGAAUAUUGUGAGUAACAAAUUGUUAGUUGUCUAAAGAUCAAUUACAGGGUAUUUAACAUUUAGCAGCAUAGGGCCAACUUCUCUGCCAAUAUUUACUGCAAAACCCUGAAAACUAAUCUAUCAAUGUUCAAAAUAUACUAUACUCUUCAUACCUCUGUUGUAUUUACUGGGACCAGAUUCAAAAAUUGUUUAAACUAAUCCUUUGAUGGUGAACACUUACUUUUUGGGAGAAACUUUUCAUUUCUAAAUUAAUGAGCAAGAUUCAGAUUGUCAAAGGAAAAUUUGCAGGUUUUGAUUCUCCAUUCAUGUCAUUAAUGAUUUUGGUUGUUUAUUCUGUACGUGUCUUGAUUUUAUUUUGCAGCUUGUCUGUCAGUAUCAUGUAAGACAUUAAUACCGUUUUCGUUCAUGCCUAAGCAUGCAGGUUGGUUAUUGUUGUUUGCCUAUUGUAACUACUCGUUAAUUUGAACUAAACUUGUUGUUUUCGUUAAUCUCCCAUUUUGCUAAUUUGUGGAACAUUACUCCCAGAACAAGAUGGAACAUAAAAUGUGUGAAAAUCAUUUUGGUAUUGCUAAGAGAAAUAUGAUAUAUGUAAGUAAAUAUCCAGACAAUUCAUUUUGAAAUUACUGGGGGUUUGUUUCUGUUAUACAAUCAUACAACUCUUCAAGAACCGAAAAGAAACCUGUUCAUGUUCUGCAGUUAAUUUCACAUUUACCCAUCCACAUUUUUUUUAUCUUGGUCGGAAGAUGGCAUCUCUCAGAUUUGUAAAGUGGGAACGCAACUCUAAUGCUUAGGCAAUUUCUGGGCAUAAUAAAUCGGAUGACAGGUGCAACUCUCUUAAAGGUGGGUUUAUACAUAACUUGUGCGAAUCUACUGAAUACAAACCUCUCAGUUUUCAUAUUACUGAACUUGCUACUCAUUGUACACUGUCCAGACAUGAUACUUUCUGUCAAUUUCAGAUUAGUGAAAGUCCACUAUUUGUUACAAAAAAUAAAACCUUUCCAUAUCACUGGAAGUGUCCAGUAA